CAUGUCAUGUGAUUAAUGAUCACUCAUAAUUUAGUUUGUUUUAUUUAGAGUGUUGAAUUCAACAAUUUCGUGUAUAUAAAUAUACCCAUAAAAACGUGAUUUGAUGAUAAAGGUCUAAACAACAACACCAUUAAAGUCACUCUGGUUCACACUCAUCAUCAAACAGGAACCUGUUGAAUUCGCUCGCAGCAGCAUACACAUAUAUAUAUAUAAACCAGUAUUCGGUGAAUCUGUAUUCAGCCUUUAUUAUUUCUAAUCUAUUUAUUCAUCACACAAAUUUAUUUGAUUUCGAUUACUCUACUUAAUCACAUCAAUAAUUUAAAAUUCUAUUAAAUGGCAGUCGAGUCCUUGACUCAAGAACAACUGGACGAUUUGUUUCGUAAUUUUGAUUCUGUCCGUGAAUCAAAUAAUGUUGCCUGGAGUGAUAUUAAACAAGCCUUGGAGAUUGUUGGUGUCUCUGUGGCUGGACAUGAAAUACGCGAUUUAGUCGGUCAACCGCGUAAUUAUCUCAGUCUGGGGGAAUUCAAUGAUUUGUAUAUGCGUGCAAAAGAUAUGAAGGAUACAACAAAGGCUAUUCGUAAAGCUCUACUAUUGAAACAUGCAGAAGAUGUUAAGUCGUUUACUGUUGGCAAAAAUGACAAUGAUACACGACAUUCAGUGAGUAAAGCUGAAGAAAGAGGUUUCACACUGUGGAUCAAUAAACGUCUUGGUCAUGAUCCAGAUUUACAAAAUGAAAUUCUACCUAUUGAUCCAAGCAUUGAUGGUCAAUUGUAUCAAAGAUGUAAAAAUGGUAUCCUGUUGUGCAAACUGGUCAAUGUUGCUAGUCCGGAUACAAUUGAUGAACGUAGUAUUAAUAGGGGACCUGCUUUGAAAAAUGUAUUCAAUGUUCAUGAAAAUCUUACAUUGGCUGUGAAUUCCGCUGCGUCAAUUGGAUGUUGUGUAGUGAACACGGGUCCAGAGGAUAUUAUGCAAGGCAAACGUCAUAUUGUUCUUGGAUUGAUAUGGCAACUGAUUCGUAGAGGACUAGUUGAUACAAUCACAUUGAAUAAACAUGCGGAAUUAUUAUCACUAUUACAUGAUGGUGAAAAUGCUGAAGACUUGGCUGCAUUGAAACCAGAAGAACUGUUGAUGCGUUGGGUUAAUUAUCAUCUCCACCGGGCUGGUUGUGAUAGACGCAUAACAAAUUUCAAUUCAGAUUUAGCCGACUCCGUGGUAUACGCUCAUUUAAUUGAUCAAAUUGCCCCGUUGGAUAAACGUCGAAAUCUAAUGUCUGCUGAAGAGAUCCUCAGUUCAUCUAGUCGUCAAGAAAGAGCGAUAAAUGUUUUAAAUAAUGCUGAAACACUGAAUACACCAUUUUUACUUGCACCAGAAGAUAUCUAUCUAGCUGGGGAUAAAGAUAAAGAAAAUCGUGAUCGAUUGAAUCUCGCCUUUCUUGCCACCUUAUUCAAUAUGUAUCCUGGGCUGGAUGCUUCACGUGGUGAUCUACUGAUAGAAGGUGAAACACUCGAGGAAAGAACUUAUCGAAAUUGGAUGAAUUCACUCGGUGUUAAACCAUAUGUCACCUUUUUAUACACAGACCUGAGUAAUGGAUUAGUUCUGUUGCAAUUAGUUGAUAAAAUUAAACCAGGUACAGUGGAUUGGUCGUUAGUUGUGCAAAAUUUUGAUCCAAAAAGACGAUUAUUUCAAGAAUUAGGCAAUUGUAGUCUAGUUGUGGAUUCGGCUAAAUCAAUUAAUAUACGCUUGGUAAAUGUUAGCGGGGAAGAUAUUCAAAAUCGGGAUAGAAAGUUAAUACUCGGCGUGUGUUUUACACUGAUGCAUGCUUAUAUGUUUAAACUACUCUAUGAAGCUACAAAAGGUGGACAGGAUCUACCCUCUGACGAUAAAGAUAUUCUCCGUUGGGUAAAUGAACAAUUGUCUGAAGCAAAUGCUAAAACCAUAAGUAGUUUUCGUGAUCCAGCCUUGAGUUCUGGUAUUCCUGUACUCCAACUCCUUGAACAUAUUAAACCGAAUUCAACAAAUCAAAGUAUUUGGCUAGAAGGAAAUAAUGAUGACUUCUCAUUAUGUCAGUAUGCAAUAUCAUGUUGUCGUAAAGCUGGAGCUAGAGUAUUCGCCUUACCAGAACAUUUAAGAGAUUUGAACGGGAAAAUGAUAUUGACUCUAUUCGCCUGUCUACAAGUUUUAUACUUUAGUUUAAAGGAGAAAGCUGAGAAUAGACAAAAUCGUGUUAAAAAUAAUGAAUUAAAAUGGUUAAAGUUAGGCGAUGAUAAUAGUAUAAAGGGGGAAACAGACUGAACUGAUUGAUUGAUUGUGUGCCCUUCACCUACUUCUACUUCUUCUUCUUCUUUUACUUGAAAUCACUAUAUUACUCACAUAUAUAAUAAUCUUUCAUUAUGAUCACAAUGAUUAUCAUUUUCGGAAUCAAUGCGAAAAUUUAUUGUUUAGAAAUAUACUACUUAAACGGAAUAUAAGUAUACACUUUUUUACACAUGAUGUUUUACAAUGUAAACUUUUUUUUGAAAGAUAUAAAUUUUAGCCAUAAUGUAUUUCAAUUAUGCGUAAUUCUCAUAGCCUUUUUUUCCACAUCAAUGUAAAUGAAAAAAACUGCUCUGGUUUUUAAUGAUUGUGUGCUAAAGCGCCAUUUUGCAUGGGCAAUACUAGCAAAUACUAGCAAUUUUGAAAAAAUAAAAAAAUAAAUUGAUUAUGCACAUGAAAAUAUAAGUGAAAUUGAUGACAAACAUUUUUCACUGUUGCCAUUGUUAUUGUUGUUGCUGGUUUGUUUUUUGUUUUGUCUGUUUUUUGUGGAUCUGAAAUUUAUCUGUUGAUCUAAUAAAGAAAUUCUGUGUUACAUUUGUUCAAUGUGUUCCGAUAAAACAAAAAGAAGAAGA